AUGUCAUACGUCCCGCCACACAGAUCAAGAGGAGAUUACGUUCCAAAAGACACAGGAGAAUCGUCUGGUAGAGGCGGAUUCUCCAGCAGAGGCGGAUUCGCCAGCAGAGGAGGUUUCAACAAGGGUUUUGGAGGACCAAGCAGGGGCUUUGGAGGAGGAUCAGGUUUUAGCAGAGGAGGCAAUGGAUUUUCCAGAGGCGGCGGAUUUGGUAGAGGUUCUAGAGCUCAGCCAGGCCAGGGUUCAUGGGUUAAUGGUGCUCACAAGCCUGCUGAGCGUAACGAGAGACUCGAGCUAGAGCUUUACGGUCAGCCAGGAGAUGGACAGACACAAUCUUCUGGUAUCAACUUUGACAACUACGAUGAGAUCCCAGUUGAGGCUUCAGGUGAUGAUGUGCCAGAGCCAAUCUCUGAGUUCACUUCGCCUCCGUUGGAUCCCUUACUCGUGGAAAAUAUCAAGCAAGCUAGAUUCACCAAGCCAACGCCAGUCCAGAAAUAUUCGGUUCCUAUCGUUGCUAACGGCAGAGACUUGAUGGCCUGUGCCCAAACGGGUUCUGGUAAGACUGGUGGAUUCCUGUUCCCAGUGUUGUCCGAGUCUUUCAAACACGGUCCGACAGAAUCUCAGACAGACAAUGCAUUCGACAGAAGAAAAGCACAUCCUACAGCCUUGGUUCUUGCACCAACUAGAGAGUUGGUCUCCCAAAUCUAUGAGGAGGCUAGAAAGUUCUCGUACAGAUCCUGGGUCAGACCAGUUGUCGUGUAUGGAGGUGCUGAGGUUUACCUUCAAAUGGAUCAACUCAAGCAGGGUUGUGAUCUUUUGGUUGCCACCCCAGGAAGAUUGAACGAUCUUCUGGAGAGAGGCAAGAUCUCGCUGAAAAACAUCAAGUACCUUGUCUUGGACGAGGCCGACAGAAUGUUGGAUAUGGGUUUCGAGAUUCAAAUCAGGCACAUCAUCCAGGGUUGCGACAUGCCGCCACCAGGUGAAAGACAAACGUUGAUGUUCUCUGCAACGUUCCCUAAGGAAAUUCAAUUGAUGGCCAAGGACUUUUUGCACAACUACAUCUUCUUGUCGGUGGGAAGAGUUGGAUCCACCUCCGAGAACAUUACUCAAAGAAUAUUAUACGUCGAAGACGAUGAGAAGAAGUCCAGCCUUCUGGACAUUCUCACGUCUACCGAAGACACGUUGGCCAAUGGACUCACGCUGAUUUUCGUUGAAACCAAGAAGAUGGCUGACAUUCUGUCCGACUUCUUGAUCAACCAAGACUUCCCAGCCACUUCCAUUCACGGUGACAGAUCUCAAUACGAAAGAGAGAGAGCAUUGGAAAGUUUCAGAACCGGAAGAACGCCAAUUUUGGUUGCCACUGCCGUUGCUGCUAGAGGACUGGAUAUUCCUAACGUGACACAUGUGGUCAACUACGAUCUUCCAAACGAUAUUGACGACUACGUCCACCGUAUCGGAAGAACAGGUAGAGCUGGAAAUACUGGUGUUGCCACCGCCUUUGUCAACAGAGGAAACAAGAACAUCGUGAAAGAUUUGGUUGAAAUUCUCAGCGAGGCCAACCAAGAGGUUCCAGACUUUUUGUCUGUGAUCGCAAGAGAGAAUUCCGUUGGCAGAGGCCGCGGAAGAGGAGGCAAGACCCAGAACAGAGACUACAGAAAGUAUGGCGGCAACUCUGGCGGAUACGGAAACGGCUAUGGUGGCAGAUCAAGCUAUGGAGGAGGGGGAUACAGCAGUUAUGGAAACGGUGGAGGAUUCAACAGUUUUGGCAACUCUGCCGCACCAGCAUCGUCGUCAUCAUCUCAAUGGUGGUAG